GAAUGUCCUUCAGUUUGGGUUUUGUCUGAUGUUUUCCUUAUGAUUAGACUGAGGCCAUGGGUUUUUGGGAGGAAGACCAGAGAAAAUAUGAAAAGCGAGAAGAAAAAAAGCACCUGUUAUUCUGUCACCCAGAGAUAAUACUUAAUAUGUAGACUAUUGUGUCAAAGAAUGCACUGCAGUACCGGGGAAAUUCCCAGCAUGAUGCCCAGGAGUUUCUGCUGUGGCUUUUGGACCGAGUUCAUGAAGACCUCAACCAUUCAGUGAAGCAGAGUGGCCAGCCUCCUCUGAAGCCACCGUCAGAGACUGAUAUGAUGCCUGAGGGACCAUCUUUUCCUGUCUGUAGCACUUUUGUACAAGAACUCUUUCAAGCCCAAUAUAGAUCUUCUUUGAUGUGUCCUCAUUGUCAGAAACAGAGCAACACUUUUGAUCCUUUCCUUUGCAUUUCUUUGCCAAUUCCUCUACCCCACACAAGGCCUCUCUAUGUCACUGUAGUGUAUCAAGGCAAAUGUUCUCACUGCAUGAGGAUUGGUGUGGCGGUACCUCUGUCUGGGACUGUUGCCAGACUUCGGGAAGCAGUGUCUAUGGAAACAAAGAUCCCCACUGAUCAGCUGGACCAGAGUCUCUUACCUUGUUUAGAGAAGAGAAAGGGAAGUUGUGCCCAUGCUGCAUCCCUUUUGGGGAAUUCAUUUAAACAACAACCUAAACCACUUGAAAUUUGGCUUGGAUUAUCAUAGACUGUCUUCUCCUACACAAACAGCAGCAAAGCAAGGGAAAAUGGAUUCGCCCACCUCAAGAGCAGGCAGCAACAAGAUUGUCCUGUUGGUGUGUAACCGAGCCUGCACUGGGCAACAAGGGAAAAGGUUAUCAAUUAUCUGCCUGAUCAUUUUCAUCCUGGGACUGACUCUUGUGGAAUUCCUUGGAUAGUUAUCAUUAUUGUGUUUCUGGGAAUUUCUACACUUGCCAUUUUCCUCUGGAAAACUAGCCUUUGUGUGUCUUUCCUCAAGACUGUCUUAAAGUCACAAAAUGUACAUGACGGAUCCAAGGAUGUACAGCGGAAAGCCUGGAGGUCCAAUAGCCAUAGCCGGGAAGGAAUUAAAAUUGGCCUGGAAGACCUCUUUACUUCAUGGAGACAUAUGGAAGCCAAAGUUCGAGCUGAAGUCCAUAAGGUGACAAGGAAGGUCAACAGUCAUUACAAAAUCAAUGGACAGAGGAAGACUGCCGAGGAAGAGAAACAAAACAUGAAAGAAUGUGAGCAAGCAGAAAAUGAGAGGCAGAUAUCAGAGGCAGAGGAGAAUGGGAAAUUGGAUAUGAAAGAAAUACACACCUACCUGAAACUGUUUCAAUGCACGCAAGAGUUGCGGCGGCGGGCAGAGGACUACUACAGAUGCAAAAUCGCCCCUUCUGCAAGAAAGCCUCUUGCCAACUCAGGAAGUUUGUUUGUUUUCCUUGCUUUUGGACAUAGUCUGCCAGGUCAGGACAUGGAUGUAUUUUUCUCCCCACAGCUCUGUGCUCAAGCCUUGCAAAGGGGGAUGGCAGAGAGGAAGGCUGCCUACAAGCAGCACAGGUGUGAAAUGAGGCAAAAGCAGAGAGUGCCAGAGAGACACAUGAGUCAGGAGCCAGUCCAGGGACGACCGGGCCUAGAGAACCCUUUCUGGAGGGCAGAUUCAGGACCUCAUUCGGUUCCCAUGAGGAAUAGCAGCGGCAUCCCAGCUGAAAACACAGAGAAGACAAAGGUCAGGAUGGCGGCAGUGGAGCACCAUCAUUCCUCAGGAUUGCCCUACUGGCCCUACCUCACGGCUGAAACUUUAAGAAAAAGGAUGGGCCGCAAGCCAUCUCCUCCAACUCAGUGUGAUCUGAGAGGUCAACCACGUCCAUCAGUUAAAGGGUGUCUGAGACCUCUGACUCUUUCUCGACUACAGUGUCCACUAGGACCUCAACCACAUUCUACAACUGAUGAUUUUCUGAGAAGAGAGACACCUCAAGAUGAGUGUGUCCUGGGACCUGAACCACUUCCUCGAGCUGAUGAUUUUCCGAGACUCAAGACACCUCCCGAGGGUCUUUUCAUACCAAUUCCCCCUUCUCCAGUUGAUGAUUCUCUGAGCCUCAAGACACCUCCUGAGUGUCUUCUGGUACCCCUUCCACCUUCUCCAGUUGAUGAUUUUCUGAGACCACAAACACCUCCCGUCCAGUGUCACCUGAGACCUGUACCAUUUCAUCGAGCUGAUGAUAUCAGGAGACUCAAGAAACCUCCUGACUCUUUUUUCACACCCCUUCCACCUUCUCCAGUUGAUGAUUUUCUGAGCCUGAAGACACUUCCCGAGUGUCUUCUGGUACCCCUUCCACCUUCUCCAGUUGAUGAUUUUCUCACACCACAGGCACCUCCGGUCGAGUGUCGCCUGGGACCUCUACCAUUUCCUCGAGCUGAUGAUUUUAGGAGACUCAAGACACCUCCCGACUGUUUUUUCAUACCUCUUCCAUCUUCUCCAGUAGAUGAUUCUCUGAGCCUCCAGACAGCGCCUGAGUGUCUUCUGGCACCUCUUCCGCCUUCUCCAGUUGAUGACUUUGUGAGACCACAGACAGCUCCCGUCCACUCUCGCCUGCGACCUGGACCAUUUUCUAAAGCUCAUGAUAUUCGGAGACUCAAGACUCCUCCUGACUGUCGUUUCGUACCUCUUCCACCUCCUCCAGUUGAUAAUUCUCUGAGCCUCAAGAUACCUCUUGAGUGUCUUCUGGUACCUCUUCCACCUUCUCCAGUUGAUUUUCUGACAGCACCAAUACCUCCUGUCCACUCUCACCUGGGACCUGGACCAUUUUCUCAAUCUGAUCAUUUUCCGAGACUCAAGACACCUCCCGAGUGUUUUCCGUACCUCUUCCACCUUCUCCAGUCGAUUCUGUGAGCCUCAGGACACCUCCUGAGUGUCCUCUGGUACCUCUUCCACCUUCUCCAGUUGAUGAUUUACUGACACCACAGACUCCUCCCGUCCACUGUCACCUGGGACCUGUACCAUUUCCUUGAGCUAUGAUUUUAGUUGAAACAAGAUACCUCCUGACUGUUUUUUCGUACCUCUUCCACCUUCUGUAGUUGAUGAUUCUCUGAGCCUCAAGACACCUCCCGAGUGUCUUCUGCUACCUCUUCCACCUUCUCCAGUUGAUGAUAUUCUCAGACCACAAACACGUCCUGUCAACUCUCGCCUGGGACCUGGUCCAUUUUCUCAAGCUGAUGAUUUUCCGAGACUGAAGACACCCCCGAGUGUCUUUUCAUACCUCUUCCACCUUCUCCAGUUGAUGAUUCUCUGAGCCUCAAGACACCUCCCGAGUGUCUUCUGCUACCUCUUCCACCUUCUCCAGUUGAUAUUCUCAGACCACAAACACGUCCUGUCAACUCUCACCUGGGACCUGGUCCAUUUUCUCAAGCUGAUGAUUUUCCGAGACUGAAGACACCCCCUGAGUGUCUUUUCAUACCUCUUCCACCUUCUCCAGUUGAUGAUUCUCUGAGCCUCAAGACACUUCCUGAGUGUCUUCUGGUACCUCUUCCACCUUCUCCAUUUGAUGAUUUUCUCAGACCACAGACACGUCCCAUCCACUGUCGCCUGGGACCUGGACCAUUUUCUCAAGCUGAUGAUUUUCCGAGACUCAAGACACCUCCCGAGUGUCUUUUCUUGUCUCUUCCACCUUCUCCAGUUGAUGAUUCUCUGAGCCUCAAGACACCGCCCGAGUGGCUCCUGGUACGUCUUCCACCUUCUCCAGCUUAUGAUUUUGUGAGACCACAGACACCUCCCAUCCACUGUCACCUGUGACCUGGACUAUUUUCUCAAGCUGAUGAUUUUAGGAGACUCAAGACACCUCCUGUGUGUCUUUUCGUACCUCUUCCACCUUCUCCAGUUGAUGAUUCUCUGAGCCUCAAGAUACCUCUCGAGUGUCUUCUGGUACCUCUUCCACCUUCUCCAGUUGAUGAUACUUUCAGACCACAGACACGUCCCAUCCACUGUCGCCUGGGACCUGGUCCAUUUUCUCAAGCUGAUGAUUUUCCGAGACUGAAGACACCCCCACCGAGUGUCUUUUCAUACCUCUUCCACCUUCUCCAGUUGAUGAUUCUCUGAGCCUCAAGACACCUCCCGAGUGUCUUCUGAUACCUCUUCCACCUUCUCCAGUUGAUGAUUUUCUGACACGACAGACAUCUCCCGUCAAGUGUCGCCUGCGACCUGUACCAUCUCCUCGAGCUGAUGAUUUUAGGAGACUCAAGAAACCUCCUGACUGUUUUUUCGCACCCCUUCCACCUUCUCCAGUUGAUGAUUCUGUGAGCCUGAAGACACCGCCUGAGUGUCUUCUAGUACCUCUUCCACCUUCUCCAGUUGAUGAUUUUCUGAGACCACAAACACCUCCCGUCCAGUGUCACCUGAGACCUAUACCAUUUCAUCGAGCUGAUGAUAUCAGGCGACUCAAGAAACCUCCUGUUUUUUUGCACCCCUUCCACCUUCUCCAGUUGAUGAUUCUCUGAGCCUGAAGACACCUCCUGAGUGUCUUCUGGUACCCCUUCCGCCUUCUCCAGUUGAUGAUUUUCUCACACCACCGGCACCUCCCAUCAAGCAUUGUCGCCUGGGACCUGUAGCAUUUCCUCGAGCUGAUGAUUUUAGGAGACCCAAGGAACCUCCCGAGUGUUUUUUCACACCCCUUCCACCUUCUCCAGUUGAUGAUUCUCUGAGCCUGAAGACACCUCCCGAGUGUCUUGUGGUACCUCUUCCACCUUCUCCAGUUGAUGAUUUUCUGAGACCACAAACACCUCCCGUCCAGUGUCACCUGAGACCUGUACCAUUUCAUCGAGCUGAUGAUAUCAGGAGACUCAAGAAACCUCCUGAGUGUUUUUUUGUUUUGUUUUGGUUUUUUUUUUGUUUUUGUUUUUGUUCUGUGGUAGGAAGGGGCCUGGUGUGUUGUUGAUUCAAUUUAUUGAUCAUUUUUACAACAAACAAAUUCAUUUAAGUAUUGAUUGUGCACCUAUCAUAUAAUACCCAUUUUUUCAUCACUCCCCCACUCCCAGAACCCUAAGCUUUUCUCACUGUUAGAACUGGUAGUUUAUUUGUAUUUCAGUCACUUUGACUAUAAGCUCCUUGAGUGUAGGUGCUUAGAUUUUUUUCACUGCUUAGCCCCUAAUGCCUGUAUAGAGUAAGCUCUUUUUUUUUUUUUUUUGUACCAAAUGCCCAAUGGCCAAUUUAUUCUGUUUCAAUAACAACUAGGCAUCAUUUUCAAAGGGCCAUGUACUGACAACAGACUGCCCAGAAAUUAUCUCCCUAUGUAGGAAAACUACAGAAGACAAGUUCUUAGACUACAUCCAGGUAGUCCCAGUGUAUAUACAUAAGUCAUGGAAAAUACUAAUAAGCUCAUUAUUGCACCAAUCUGAUACCAAAUCAGUAAGUCAAUUUAGUGCUUAUAAUGUAGUGUUACAUUGAUUUAAUGAUGCUGUUAGUGAUAUUUGCAGUGACUGGACUGGCAUAAACAAUUACUAUUUAGGAUACUCUUUCUCGGUAGAAAAAACACCUAAUUCCACUAAUUGCCUCUAGUUCUGCUUCUAUUAACUGCAUACUUUGUACAUGCUAAUAAUCUUAUUAUCAGCUGCUGCUGAGUUAAUUAAAAUUCAUGUCUACAAGCAUAAACCAAAAUGUAUGUAUUCUGAUCACCUUUUAUAUGUUAAAUAAAAAUGUUGGAAGACCAAAUUUAAACAUUAAUUUCCAGAAAGUGAAAAUAUAUUUUAAAAAUACAUAUAGCAAAUUAACUUAUAAUGAGCUCAAAAGAGGUUGCAAAAAUAAUUUCACAUUAUGAUGAUAUGAUAACAGUUCAGAAUCAUUUAAGAAUGAUAUGUUCUUAAAGCAAAAAACCACAUACCAGUCCAUUAUUUUGUAUGGAAAAUAAAAUGUUUUCAGAAAAGCAUUUUUCAUUAUUUGAGUAAAGAACUAUAUCUCAUUAUUAAUUUGCCUUUUUUUUUUCUCUCUGAAAACACAUAGGAUAUAUUUUAAUUUGUUUUGGUGGUCUCAUAGUCUGAAAUACAUUUUCUUUUUUUGUUUAUAUUUUGCUAUUUCAGCGUUUAGCAAAUAAUUUGUGAGUAAAUUGUAUAGGUUGAGUCCUGAAUGAAGAGCUCUUAUUUUUAUUUGUUAGAGAAAUGUUAUAUAUAAUAUCCUGUUCAUAUCUAGAAAAAGUGAUUUGAGUUUUAAAAUUUUAUUAUUUAUAACUCUAAUCAUUAGUGACAAUGAACAUAUACUGGAGAGCAUUUUACAAUUAAGAAUGUGACAAUAUAUUUUAGCUACAUUCACUUAUUAAUAAUGAAAUUAGGCAAUAAUAAGAUAUGAUUAAUUUUAACUGGAUUUUAUUUAAGAAAAAUCAUUCUAUUUGGGUCAAAUAUGAAAUGAAAAUAAGUGUCCCUGUGUCUUAGAUGUAUUCCUUAAAUAUUCAAGCUGCCUAGAUUCUCUCAAUUGGGAAUUGACAAGUGUUAUUAUAACAUCGUGUUUAUUGGGUGGUAACAGCUCUGUGUUGUCAUGUGGUUUUUGCUUUAGGAACAUAUCAUUCUUAAAAUAUAUGAAUACAGUGUCAUAUAUAUAUGUGUACACAAAAUGUAUAUAUAUACUUCAUAUAUGGAUUAGUUGCUAGAAACUGAAUUCCCUUCCAACAACAGAAAAAGGUGAUAAGAUGGAUGAUGGGUUAUGAUUUAUUUUAUCUCCAGUGGGGAAAAAAACCUCUUCAAAACUAUAGUAUUGUUGAUUUCAAGUUUAACUCAGAAAAAAAAAAUUGCAUCAGGUAGAACAUUUUUUUCACUCUUUCUUUUUCUAUAUUAUUAUUAAAACAAAUAUAUCCCAAUGUUGAUGCCCUUUUUAUUUUAUUCAUAGCUUUUGAGGCACGUUUCAUAGCUCUAAUACACCUGUGUAUAUUCCCAAACUCCUCACUGCUAAGUGAAAAAUCAGUUUUCCUUUCUUGCCUUUUUUAACUUAUUUAAAUAGGACACAUUCAUGCAUGCCUUCCUUCUUGAAAUUCUUUCCUGCCCUGGCUUCCUUGACAACAUUUUAUGCGGUUCUCCUCCUACCUACGUGAUAUUGCCUUCUCAGUGUCCAUUAUGGGCUCUUACUCUAAAAUGAAGCCUUCUCCAAGUUUCCAUUUUUGACCCUAACCUCUUGCCUUGCCGUCAUUCUGAAAAGGCAAAUCUUAUUUCUUCCUUAUGUCAGCUACCAACUCCACCGAACUACUUUCAAAACAGCAUCUCUGACCUUUAAUUACAGGUACUCAAUAUUAUAUAGUACAGCUUCCUAAGUACUGCACAAUUGGAUCUAUGUCACUAUCUCCCAAACUGGACUCAUUUUCUAUCCUUUAAAUACGUGUCUCCAUCUCAGCUAAACCCACUAUGUUCGAGAAAGUGGAAUUACCUUUUUGUUCCACUCAGCACAAUGGACUGUGUUGGACAUCUUAUUUACUGGUCUACAUAGACCAAUGAAAGCUCAGCUCUGAGAGGUUACAGUCUGUUUCUUAUCUAUUUUAUUCACCAUGUUCAUGUAGGUCUACUUUCUCAGAAGAAAAGAUGUAUUGCAGAGUGACCCUUCUUUGUCACCCUUCCCCACGAUCAAUUAGUCCCCAACUCCUUCUUGUUCCUUAUCCAAAAAGCCAUCCCUUGCCCAGCCACAUUUUUUUAGUUCAUUCUUUUUAUCGUCCAUGACUUCAAAUAGUAUAAUAGCUCCCAAUCACUUUUUCUGCUUCAAUCCUAUUUUUAUAUUUACGUCCCCUUGAUUAAAAUUUGCAAUGAUUCCAAUUAUUUACGAUGCCAUAAAAAUCCCUUUUUUAUGCAGCUGCUACUUGUUCCAAUGUCAUCUCCCACUCUGUACUUUCCAGGAGCUACAGCAUCUACCCACACUGACUACUUUUAAAUUUACUAAACACAUGAACCUGAGGUAACACACUAUGCUCCUAUCAUAUGGGAUGUAUAUAGAUAUUGACAUAAAUAGAGUUAUAGACAUCAAUAUACGUAUAGAUACUGGCAUAAUCAAAAAGAUGUAGAUGUACAGAUAUAGAUAGAUGCAGAUACACAUAUUUUUAAUCACCUCCAGCCAAUUCUUCUUCAAGUGUACGAUCUCCAUGAAGCUCUCCUCCCUUCUAUGCAUGUUGAGAAGCACAGCGUUCACCAUGUGUUCCUACACUAGCCUGAGAGUAUCUCUGUUAAUUGAUAUUGAACAUUGCAUUUACAUGUCUGGACUAUAAACUCCUUGAAAGUAAAGAUGGUGUAUCUUCGUAUGUGACACAGUUGUCAUGGAAUCAGUCAUUUUAAAAGUUUGUUAAAAGAAGCUGUGAAAUUUAAAAAUAACAAUCUUUAUUAAUUACCAAAUCAAUCUAUCAUGUAAAAAAAUUAAAAUAUGCCUAUCCAAGUAACAGUGGCAUAGAGAACCUCGGAUUAGAAUCUUGUCAAUAAAAAUUCAUUUCAGAACUCUUCCCUAAAAUAUAUAGUUAUUCAGUAAUACUUAUCGUGAGAAAAAAAUCACCAUAUAGGAAAUAGAAGGAAUAAAUAUUUACUCAUGUAAAGUAUAAUUUGAGCAACAGUUGGAACACCCUCCUCUUUUUGCUCUGUUUAAACUGUUAAUUAAUAAGAAAAUUUUAUAUUAAGAAGGCUUUUGGUUAAAAUUCAAAUCGCUUUGAGAGACGUUAACAAUAAACUUUUAUUUUGUUUGCAAAAUUUAUAUAACAGUGUAGAUACUUAUUUGGAAAUUUUAUUUUAUAGGAAAUAAUCUUAAUACUGAUUUAUAGUGAGAAAAAGAGGACAUAAUGUUAACUAAAAUAAGCCACACACAGAAAAAUACUGCAUAAUCUUAUAUGUGGCAUCUAAAAAAUAGUCAUUACUGGGGCAGGGCGGGCAGUGCUGGAAAUGGGAAGAAGCAGGUCAGAAAGUACAAACUUGCAGUUAUGUAGGAUGAAUGCCUAAUAAAUAAUAAUAAAAAUAAUAAAUUGUACAGCAUAAUGAUUGAUAGGCUAAUUUGCUUAACUAUAAUAACUAUACAUACAUACAUAUACACAUGUAUACACAUGUAAAAAAUAUGUAUCUCGCAAAGCAUCAUGUUAUACAUCUUAAAUAUAUACAAUAAAAUAUCCUACCUCAAAUUUAGGUACUUUGAGAAAGACAA